AUGGCGGCGCGGCGGAGAACGGGUCCUGCCGUGAGUGACGGCUGCAGGAGAAGGCGGGAGGAGCCGGAGGCCACGCCCAGCUCGGGGAGGCGCGGCCGCGGCAGACGCUCCCGGGAACCGAUCCCGCGCCUGCUGCUGCUGCUACCGCUUCUGCCGCGACGGCGCUGA